GCUUAGAUAACGAGGACUCGGUGUUGUUCCGACAUUCAAAUUCGUGGAUUCGCGUUUGCCGAGUUUCUCUGUCGCAACGCGAAAGACUCGUGUAAUUGAACUUUUCUGAAAGCCUCAAUCUCGUCGCGUUGAAAUAUUUCCUUUUCAAUUUUCAGAAACGGCGGGUUUCUCGCGUAAAGGCAUUUUCCUAACCUGGUCUAACCUAAAAGUACUUGAGUGGUAAACAUCAGAGAGUUGACUGAACAACUUUUAAAACUGGAAGUGCUUGAAAUGAUUGAAUGAUUAGAAGGGAGAACGACCGAGUGUGCGUCUGUACGUGAUGGCGGGGAAGAUAAUAGAGCCGACCGACAAGAAGUUGCUUUACAACACCGUGCUGUCGCAGACGUUUUCGCCCGAUGGAAAUCACCUUCUGGCCGGCAAUCUCUACGGGGACGUUUCAGUAUUCGACCUGUCGAGGGUCUUGGGACCCAACAAGGUGGAGGAGAAUGAGUUACAAGGACCUAAUUACCGCUUCGCCGCGCAUCCCGAUCAGGAGGUCGCGUGCAUGCUCUCCGUGGAGAAUUUCCUUCUGACGGGAACGCGCGGUGAGAUAUCAGGAUGGGACUGGAAGAUGAUUACGUCGAAUAAGGCUCCCAAGAGUAAAGUUUGCUGGAAUGUACAAAUUCCUGCUAAUAAAGACAGUUAUGAUAAGCCAGACAUCAAUUACAUGGUAUAUUCAAAAGUGAAUAAUUUAUUGUACGUUGGCUGCGGUGAUAAUAACAUUUACGUCAUAAAUAUAGAAGACAGAAAGAUUCUGAGAAGCAUGCAGGGCCACACCGAUUACAUACACUGCCUCGCCAUAAUGGACAAUCAGCUUGCGUCCUGUAGCGAGGAUGGUUCUGUGAGAUUGUGGGAUUUGCGCAAGAAAGAGAAUACUAAUAUAUUAACGCCCCAUUUAGUGGACAAAGUUGCUCGACCAAGAUUUGGAAAGUGGAUUGGCGCUGUUGAUUUCACCGAAGACUGGUUGCUGUGUGGCGGCGGGCCUAGUUUAUCAUUGUGGCAUAUGCGAACGAUGGAGGUAGCGACAAUUUUCGAUCUGGCCGAUCAGGGAAUCCACGUAGCAGAGAUCUACGAGGAACGCGUGAUUGCUGGCGGCGCGACCGAUCAUGUUCAUCACAUGACGUAUCAAGGAGAAGUUCUGGCCAAAGUUCCCACUUCGAAUCUCACCGUCUACAGUGUGGUACACCAGGAAACGCCACACAAGGUACUCAGCGUAGCCGGUUCCUCUAACUGCAUCGACAUCAGUACAAACUUUAAUUACCGCGAAAUGACGCUCAAAUUUGCAUAAUUAUUUAAACACUGCGUGUUAUUACAAAGUGGAAAUUUAAUUUUCUAACAAGGAUUUUGAUCCUUUUUCAAAUUUGGAUGGAUGAAAUGGACAUAAUUAAUUUGCCACAUUUCCAAUAUUUUAAAUAAAUAUAUUAAUUAAUUAAGUAUACAAUUGUAUUAUAUAUAUACGAUACGAUUCUUCUUUUGUACAAAUAUACAAGCGAUAUUUGCGUGAUCAGAUACGAAGAGAGA